UGCAACCAUUUUUUUCUAUCUCAUAUAGAGCGUGUUCCAAGGUUGUGGACGCCGGUAACUGAAGUAGACGUCAAACCAACCUCGUGUGCAAGGGUACACAAUAAAGACAGCGCACGACUGGCCGUUUUUAAGAGUGGGCUACCAAGCAGCCAAGAUGGACCAAGCAAGGACGACCAUAUCCAAAAUAUUCAACGGCGAGCCCCGCUCGUACACGCGCUUCAACCUCACCCAGAACAUGGAGGGGGAGAGCAGCCAGGUGGAGAUGAAGCUCUCGUCCGACAUGGAUGAGGAGGGGGGGAACGGUGUGGACGACCACCUCAACCACAACGGGGGCAGCCGGGACCCCUACGUGGUCCGCAAGACCUCGCGCACCCCCAAGAACCUCUGCUUCCUCCUCACCACCACGCUCAUCAUCUUCAUCAUCGGCUACCUGAUUGGAUACCUGGUUCACAGGAAGAAAGAAGUGGCCAAUGACUGCCCUGCCUUUCUGCCCAGCGACCAGACGGUGUCAGAUGAUGAGCAGGUGCACGUGUUUGAGACGGGCGCGGCUCCCCUCAUGGACUGGGAUGUGGUGAACAGCCUGCUGGCUCAGAAGCUCAGCACGGAGAGCAUGGAGAAGACAUUCGGUGAGUUUGCCAGUAGCAGUCACCAGGCUGGUUCCCUGGGCGACGAGGCGCUAGGUAACCGUGUGUUGCAGCGGUUCCGUUCCGCUGGCCUGGUGACCUGGACGGACGAGCACUUUGUGACCCUGCAGCAGCUUCCAGAAGGAGCCACCAACAGGCUGGCCUUCAAGGGGAGGGAGCUGGGCACACCCAGCGGCUUCCUGGCCUACAGCCGUCCUGGGAACGUCACGGGGGCGCUGGUGUUCGCGUCGUACGGUCAAGUGAUGGACCUGAAGCUACUGCAGGACAAGGGCAUCAGCUUGGAGGGCAAGAUCCUUCUGGUCAAAACAGGGAAGAUCAGCUUCGCUGAGAAGGUAGCCAAUGCCGCCCAGCUCAAGGCCUCUGCUGUGCUAUUGUUUCCAGGCUCAGCUCAGAACAUUGGACACGACACACAGCUCUAUGGCCAUGUCCAUCUGGGGUCAGGUGACCCCUACACCCCAGGCUUCCCCUCCUUCAACCACACCCAGUUCCCCCCGGUCCAGUCCUCCGGGCUGCCUGGCAUCCUGGCCCAGACCAUCACCUCCUCCAUGGCUGAACAGAUCCUCAGGGACCUGGGGGGCGACCCCAUGCCCACGGAGUGGGGGGGGGUUAACAGUCUGGGGAACAGCGAGGACAUUGUCACCCUGGAGGUGAACAACGUGCUGGUCCAAAAGAGGAUAAACAACGUGUUCGGUCUCAUCAAGGGCUUCGUAGAGCCAGAUCGGUUUGUGGUGCUGGGGGCGCAGAGGGACGCGUGGGGUCCUGGGUUUGCCCAGUCCACCGUGGGCACCAGCGUUCUGACGGAGCUGGCUCGAUCCAUCUCCGCCAUGAUGGCCGAGGAUGGCUUGAAGCCCAGGAGAAGCAUUGUGUUUGCUAGCUGGAGCGCUGGUGAAUACGGUAGCGUUGGCGCCACCGAGUGGCUGGAGGGUUAUCUGACCUCGCUCAGCAUGAAGGCGUUCUCUUACAUCAACCUGGAUGGAGUUGUGACUGGUGGGGGAGGUUUCAAGGCCUCUGCCAGCCCUCUGAUGCACAAGCUGCUCCAGAGCACCCUGAAGGAGGUGACGAUGGGAAGUGACUCCAGCAGCACCAUCUACUCCAAGGUGGCCAAGACCAACUGGGAGGCGUCUGUGCUGGAGCCCAUGAGGAUGGAUGAUUGUUCCUAUCCCUUCCUCACCACCUCUGGAAUCCCCUCCAUCUCAUUCCGCUUCACUGCCAACUCUGAGGCCUACCCUUUCUUCGGCACCCUGCUGGACACGCGUGAGAAGCUGUCCUCUGAGACGUCAGGUCAGGCUCCUCGUCUGGCCGUGUCGGCGGCGCAGGUGGCGGGCCUGAUGACGCUGAGGCUGGUGCACGACCACCUGCUGCGCCUGGACGUGGACAAGUACCUGAGCACGCUGCGCAUGCAUGUGGCUAACAUCAACCGCCGCUUCUACAAAGUGCAGAAGAUGGACCCCUCCCCCCUGCCUAAGGACAUGAGUGUUCAGUGGCUGAGCUCUGCACUGGGCUCGUUUGCGCGAGCGUCUCGCAGCCUGGCUAACGACAUCCAGAACAGCGACAUGAACGAUGUGGGCAUGUGCCGCAGCAUCAACGACCGCAUCAUGCAGGUGGAGAGAGACUUCCUGUCCCCCUACGUGUGUCCCAGGGAGACCCCGUUCCGUCACAUCCUGGUAGGCUCCGCCCCCCACACUCUUCAGGCCCUCUGGGCCCACCUGGAUUCCCUCAAGUCCCGCGUCCCCGAAGCCGACUCCGACGACUUCAGGGUGAAGUUCGCCCUGGCCACCUGGACCAUCCAGGGCUGUGCCAACGGCAUGGCCGGAAACGUGUGGUCCAUCGACAACGAGAUCUAGAUCCAAGUGCUGGGCAGGACGGUGUGGGUUAGGUCAAAGGUGAAGCCGUCCUGCUCCCCUAGCGACCGGUGUAAGGAGUUAAGUUUUUAGUUUAGGUGUUAACUGUCAGUUAUCUACAAAGGCAGAAAUACUAAAUGAAAAUAUUUCUAAUCCGCCCCUCUUGGGAGGGUAAGGUGCUGAUGAAUAAUUACUUUCCUGAGAUUCGACUGCCUUAUAUACUCCAAGGUCAUUGUUUUUUUCAAAAAUAUUUGUUUUCUUAUUUGAUACGUUGGUGCUAACGACUACAAACUACAUCAAUGGCUGACGGCUUGUCACAUUACCACUGAGCCUUGUGCUUUCGGGCAUUUUGACUGUGGUCCAAUAGAUUAUGCAGUUCAGAACAAUAUUCCCAGGGUUGAGCUUGAGCUCACUCCUCCGUCCAGUAAGGGAGUUGACUUUGGUUUGUUAAUCGUGAAACAUCAUAGAUCGAAGAAGAACAAAAUCAUAGUCACGAAAUUCAGAAAAACCUUGUUAUUUUUACACUUUGUUACAACAAAAUGUUAUGUUGUCUGGCAAAGACAAGAGGCCAAACCAGGAACAGUAGUUCAGAUCAGAAAGUCACAAAAAAUUGAUCUACAGUAUAUUCACUUAGACAAUCAGGUAUUUCUAUUCCUUGGUUCUACUAUCGCACCUGUUGUUCUCAGUCUGUUGUGUACACAACACUAUACAAACUAUUUUAUACUCCACUAAACAUUACAACAAUGUUUAUUAUGCUAUACGUAAUAAUACCCUGAUAUAUAAUUAUUAUAAUAAUUGUAAUUGCCAUCAUAAUUAUUAUUGUAAUUGAUAUUGAUGUCAGAUAUUCAUAGCAGUCUCAGUGACAUUAUUUAGCUGUCUGAAGACCACCUGCUGACCUGAACACACCUGACCUGAACACCUGACAGCAGAGGGGGUGGUCUCCCUCCAGGUGUGGCACUGAAAGGACAACUAUUUAUUUACUUAUUUAUUUAUCAGUGACAGGGUUCACUAUAAAUAGCAUUUGUUUUUUUACGCCUUUUUUAAAGAUAUGUAUAAUUAUCGGGAGCAGUGCCUUCCAUAAUUAUGACAGUUAUACUGUCGAAAUGACUACAGCAGCAUCUGCUAUGGGAGGUUGUUACUUGCCGGUACCCCACAGCUGGUCUCGUUAAGACCCUCCACUUCCAUCCUUCCUUCCUCCCUUCUCUUGUUCCCACUUCCUUUGCUCCUUCCUUCUCUCCUCCCUCCCUCCCUUCCUUCUCUCCUCCCUCCUUUUCUCUUUCCUCGAGGCAGCCUAAGUUCGGAUCACACGCCUGGAUAGGUUAAAGCAUGUGCCCUUCCCACACUACCAAUACCUACCCAGCCGUAUCCAAUCAGGAAGAGAGGAGG